AUGCCAUUCUCCACUGGCACCACGGCUGUCGAGCAAGUCGAUCAAGAAAGUGAAUCUUUCAAGCUACCUAGGGACGACUUGCGACCACCUCAGCUGGUCAACGCCGAUUCCACUCUGCCUACGCACAUCCUACCGCCAUGCAAUCACACCGAGCCUCCUGCUUUCGGCAUUCAUCCUCUCCACAAUCAAACAACAGUCUCGAGUACCAACUAUACCGUGGCUACGCGUGAUCAGACGAAUACAUGGUUCACUCAUGUGAAGGAGUACGCGCCCGUCGUUGGAGUCGUUGGCACUAUAAUCGGUGUCGUUGUCGCUAUCAUUACUGUUGCGGUCAAGUGA